AUGUUUUGUUUUUUUUAAAAAGAGUUUUGACCAACAAGUACAUGUGAAUACAGUAAGAAAGUUUGUAUUGAUGAUCUCUUGUACUGUAUAUGUACAGUAGAUUACUGGCAUCUUUAAAAUGUUUCAAGGUAAUUGUAACCAGUCAUAUACAGUAGUCAGUAUAGUGGAGUUUAAUAAAGUUCACAGUAGUUACGUGCAACAACUAUCUCCUCUCUCAUUGGAUGGCACAGCAGUAUAUAUUGAUGUGUGAGUGUGUUUCACAUGUUCUUCCCGGUUUAAUUCGAUGGUGCAUCACUGGGAGAGUCAUUGUGUUUCAGUGAACUCCACCUUUCCUGUGGCUUCUUCGAGAACGGAUCAAUAUCGUGCCAGUUUCUGAGGACGACUUUCAGCUGCAGCGCCAGUUGAUGGAGAAAUAUUUCAGACCUUUGCAUCCUCAUCAGGACACCAGAGGCGUCAAGGGUCAUAAGUCUAAAAUGUGUGACCAUCAAGAAAAAGGCCACAAGCACGGAAAGACUUCUAACUCUAAAUCUCAACCAAUGAAGCACCAUCACCAAAGUCAAGGCCAUCGUCAUCGUCAAAAGUUACAACAGUCAGAUGACAACGAUAGCCAUGACACCCAUUCAACAGCAGAGGACAGCCUUUUCAGUGAUCAUCCCCCCGACCAUCAACAUCAGUGUGACGAUGACAAGACUCAUCACUCUCACCAUUACCAUCGCAAGCAAAACCAUCGCCAUACUUGUCUUUCAGAAACUCCCCUAAGUUCCUCAACUGGUUCCUCUUCCUCCUCCUCCUCCUCCUCCUCCUCCUCCUCCUCUACUUCUUCUGCUUCAUCAACAUCCUCCUCCCCUUUGUCCUCCUCCUCCUCCUCUUCCUUUUCUUCCUCCUCUUCAACAUCUUCCUCUAGCCUGUCCUCUGAGGCCAGCAGUGAGUGUUUAGAUAAAUAUCCACUUAAGAAGCCCCAGCAUUCACUUUCCUGUAAUGACAUUUCCAGGAAAAACAAGUACUUUGAUGAAGAAGAAGACGACACAGCCCCUUUAAUAGAUAAAAGAGGUAAUCAAAACAGGCUCCCUGCCAAACAGAAACAGGAGAAAGGGAAGUCCUCUCACAGUGGCUCCACUCAGGGCACCCUGAAGAACACACAGAGGACUACCAAAGGUUCAGAGAAUGAUGGUUUUCGCAAAGCCAAAUCAAUGGAGGCUCUCACUAGACCCAAAGAAAAAGAAUGGCAUGGAAAUGGAGAUGGAAAUGAACAAGAAGAGAAGAGAAAAGGCGAAGCCAAGAAGAAUUUAACGAAGGAAAAAAUGAAGUUCUCUGCCUUCCUUAAUGAGAUCACUCGCCAGGUGCUCAGCCCCAUGAGACUCACCACUCUUGGGGUUACAGAUGCUCAAAGACCCUGCAGUCCAGGGCAGGGCUCUGUUAGAUCCAGUAAGGCAGACAGCAGCACUGAGAAACACAAACAGCAGCAGAACCAGCAUGCCAGUGCAGACUCAAUUAGCUCCAGCAAGCACUCCCAUAGCAGUAAGCACUCUUCUCACUCUAAAACCAUCCACCACCAUCAGCGUCACCAUUCUACAGACUCACCCCAUAGCAUGAAUCACAGGCCCAGAAGCUGGUCUCAGACUUCUCAGCAUCAUUCCCCUUCUCAUAAGCACAACCGCCACCAUCACCAAGGAGACCAUCACACUUCUGGUCAUCACCAUGGUGACUGCAACAAACCAUAUUAUCGCCAUCAUCGCAAAGACUACCACAACACAGCAAGUCAUCACCAUCACCACAGUCCCGUCCAUCAUCAUGGAGCUCACCAUAGCCACACUCAUCACCAUGGUGACCACCACAAAGACCAUGACAACACCUCGCAUCACCAUCACUAUGGAAACCAACAUCAUGGAGACCAGAGCCCAAAUCAUGAUGGAGAGCAGCACCACAGUGCAACUCAUUAUUAUCACCAUCGCAACCAUCACAGUUCAGGUCACCACCCCCAUAGCAACCACCAAAACAUUGAAUGUCCUACUACACCAGGUCACCAUGGAAACAAGAGCCUAACCAAUGACCUUGGAGUCCACCACAGCCCAACAAUUCAUCAUCACCAUGGUGACCACCACAGUAAACCUCAUCUUCAUCGCCAUGGAGACCAUCACAGUCCAGACCAUCAUCAUCACCAUGGCAACCAUCACAGUCUAGACCAUUCGCAUCACCAUGGAGACCACCACAGUCCCGACCAUCAGCAUCACCAUGGAGACCACCACAGUGAACCUCAUCUUCAUCACCAUGGAGACCACCAUAGUCCGGACCAUCAGCAUCACCAUGGAGACCACCACAGUGAACCUCAUCUUCAUCACCAUGGAGACCACCACAGUCCAGACCGUCCGCAUCACCAUGGAGACCACCGCAGUCCCGACCAUCAGCAUCACCAUGGAGACCACCACAGUUCAGACCAUUUGCAUCACCAUGGAGACCACCACAGUGAACCUCAUCUUCAUCACCAUGGAGACCACCACAGUCCAGACCGUCCGCAUCACCAUGGAGACCACCACAGUCCAGACCGUCCGCAUCACCAUGGAGACCACCACAGUUCAGACCAUUUACAUCACCAUGGAGACCACCACAGUGAACCUCAUCUUCAUCACCAUGGAGACCACCACAGUCCAGACCGUCCGCAUCACCAUGGAGACCACCACAGUGAACCUCAUCUUCAUCACCAUGGAGACCACCACAGUUCGGACCAUCAGCAUCACCAUGGAGACCGCCACAGUUCAGACCAUUUGCAUCACCAUGGAGACCACCACAGUUCAGAUCAUUUGCAUCACCAUGGAGACCACCAUAGUACAGGUCAUCACCAAGGACAUCACUCUGAAUCACAUCUCAACCAGCCCUGCUCCAAAAACACUGAUGUUGACCAUGAUGACCUUGAUGACCACCAUCCUCAUUUAAAGGGCCAUUCUGCUGGCAGUCCCCCUUUACACAGGAAGCUGGAGUCACCCAGGAACACUAGCAGUCCUUCCAGUCAGGACAAGGAACAGACAAGCUUCACUGGCCCAUCCUCACAUAAAGAAAAGGCACAUGAACUGGGCAGAAUCAUGAUACUGCAGGAGCAUAAUGAAGGUCUGCAUCAAAGUUUGCUGAAGACAGCAGUGAGGAUGGAGUGUUUAGGAGAGGAAUUCGUGAACAGCCAAAAACUUCUGGAAACAGAGCUUCAGAGGACACGUAUGGAGCUUAGCAACCUCACCGAGAGGUUUAGGAGACUACACGACCACUGCUCCUCCACGCAACAGACUAAUAAUCUCCUAGAGCAAAAGCUUCAUUCAGUGUGUCAGAGUAUGGAAGGAGAACGUGAGAGGUUGAACUGGCGUAUUUCAGCGCUGACGGAGCAGCUCACUGAUGCAAAAUUUGCCAACAAAGUGGAAACAUUUAAUGUACACAAAACUGAGCUCCAUUUUCAGUCAGAUGAUGGCAUGAAUCAGGUGGUUCUUCCCAUCGCUCCCCCUCCGGCUCAGUUCAUGGACAGCCGUAACUAUGAAAAUUCCAAAGCCGGCGGGCAGGAGCAACCUCUGGGGUCAGUUCCAGAGGAGGAGGAAUCGGACUGGUCAGAGAUGGGAGACGAGACCCCACGAUUUAUACUGACAGGGUCAAACAGAGGUCCAGUAUGGAGACAUAGGGAAGCAGACGGGGACAAAGACAGCGAGGGUGAGGAAAUUGUCAGACGACACUCUCCACGCCCAGUGCAGAUACCUCAUGUCCAGUUCACCAGCCACAAUGAGAAGCGGUCUGACGGCAUGACAGGUGAGGGCACUUACAGGAUCCCCACAAGUCCAAACCUGGGCUCUGCCAUCCUGAUCCGGUCAGCUAGCCUGGAGGAAAUCCCUCUGGUACGCCAUCACAUGCACAAGGAGCUCAGAGGCACGGAGGCCAUGAUGGACCUCCACCACCAAGGGCAUGAAGCAAUCGAGGAUUUAGAUAAUGAGAUCAUUCAUCACUGGAGAACAAACAACGCCAGAGAUAUGGCUAUUGGGAGGCCGAUAGAAGGCAGGACGUCAGAGGCAGAAAGCAGCCUGGCCGGCCUGCAGUCAGCCGAGCGGAUGCUCAACCACUUCACAUGUGGACUGCAGCCCGGGGAAGGCCGGGGCAGGGCCGAGGUGCAUGGCUGGACAGGAGGGAUUCCAGAUGAGGUGUUGAAAGGGGAGCGAACCAAGCUGUGACAGAAACAUGAGUGCACAGUUCACUGUGUCGGAAGUCAUAAUUUACUUUGAUCUUUAUGUACAAGGAAAAGUUCAAUGAAACUCUUUUUUUAGUGGCUCAGUGGUUCAGUCCCUUUAUUUAACAUGUGGUUUAUGGAGAUUUUGAAUUCAAACUGUGAGACUUACUGGAUUCACUUUGAUAGCUUGUCUCUAAUUAACCCUUAUCAGAUAGUACAUUGGGCUCCCUGAUUUGUUUCUUAAUACAAAUCUAAUAAUUG